AUCCCGCCAACGCAACGUAAUCACUGGCCUGGAUCGCGGCUACACGCAUUGUAAACGUCUAUGAUGGCCACCGAAGCUUGUGAUGAACAUGGAUCGCUGUUGCAUCUUACUAAAGGUCGUGGUCCGAGAAUUCUCCAGAUUUCCGUGCACUUAGCCGGAGACUCGAACGGUCAAGUUGCGAAGCCACCGAAAAUCUGAUUCCGCUGAUGCGUAUCUCGGGAUCUCCUUUGUUCGUUGAAUGCGGCGGGUCCGUGAUGCAAGAGCGAGCAGUUAUGCUCGCUCGCCGCUCUCGCAGCACUGACAACUGGUUAUUCCGUCACAAAGUAGGAAACAUGUCGGAAACUUUAGCUCUCAACGACGGGCAACAACCUCAGGCUCUCAACGUCACAGGCCAAACAGCGUGACAAGCGGCGAAGCGUGACGUAAUGGCGCGCGCGCCAGUCUGAGACAUGGUCCUCUUUGUUCCAUCAGGUUGACCUGUUUCCGCCUGCUCGUCUUCCGUCUCAUCUACUGCGAAGUGUGGUUACUGUUCAGGAUUUAAUCUCUCUCUGCGUCAUAUUCUGUUUGGGAGGUCAUUCCUCAACUCGUAUAUGAGCCAAGGACAGAACACAUUUGUUCAUCUUGCAAGGUAUGAGAACGGAAGAUUCCACACUGAAUACGCUUUGACUUGAUCGGGAAGUGUGGUCAAAACCACACUCAAUUUCCCUUUGUCCAACGCUCUGCUGGUUGCUCUGCAAUUUGGUAUAAAUUUGCCGUCAAAAUAACUCCUGUAUGUUGUUCAUCUUCCCCCCCUCGCUAAUCAUGUCAAAUUCAACUCAUCGACCCAUCUCUAUAGACCCUCCAUCUCCGGUCGCGACUGAUACUACACAUCGGCUUCGAUCUAUUCCCAACUCUCCUCUGCUGUGUCAUCUUCAAGGCUUUCUACAGUUUGCAUAUCUCAUCCCGUACUUCAAAGAACUCAGGAAUUGGUUCGUAAAAGACAUGACGGGCCUUUUCAUUGGUGCAGCACCUUAUAACGAUUUUAUCUCCUUGAUGGAGCCCUCGGAUCCAACUUGGCGAGACAAUUCGAUACCUGAGCUUGACCUCUCUGCGGUUCCCUCUGGGGGCCUUGAGAAGGACAUGUAUCUGCCUUUCUGCGACGCUGUGAACGGCUCCGGUGUCUGUCCAGGGCUACAGCUCGUCUGUGUUGCGGACACUAGGGACAAGGAAGGCUGCAGACUGCGCCCCGAUCUGGCGGUUGUCCCGGAAAAUGCUGUCGACGUUAACGAUUUUGGCCUAAUGGAGCUCUUCGCCGAGUGCAAAACCCGCCGCGAUGGCGAUGCGUUCCAUGAAUCUUACAAUAACAAGGACAUUGACUUAGACUCAGUGGAGAAGAUCGAGGGCAAGAGCGCCGAUUCUCGUGGACAACUGAUCUCAUACGCCGCUGCCACUAUGUCUCGUCAACACAGGAUCUUCAUGUUUUCUAUCUCUAUCUGCGGCGAGUUUGUUCGUUUCCUGCGUUGGGACCGUGCAGGGUGUAUUGUUUCAGAACUCAUCAACUAUCUUGAGAACCCAGAGCUUGUAGCUGAAUUCUUUUGGAGGUACAGCCACAUGAAUGCUACGGAACGCGGAUUCGACAUCACCGUCCGACGUGCUACCAAAAGGCAGGCCAACCUGCUAACGGACGCCAUGAAUACUUUUAUUGAGCAGUCAGAACCCCGCAACAUGGAGUUUCUUCGUGGAAAUACGGAUCCCACAUUUGGUACCUAUAAAGUUUGCAUGGACGACGAAGAACGACGACAUCGAUAUUUUAUUAUCCGCCAGCCAUUCUGGGAUGCGGACUCGGCUUGUGGGCGUGCAACUAGGCGGUAUGCUGCGUACGACAUGAAGCAGAAGAAGCUAGUCUUUUUGAAAGAUUCAUGGCGUACCGAAGACGAGGACAUCAUGUCCGAAGCUGAUAUAUACAAGCACUUGCUGAACAGCAACGUUCCAUUCCUACCAGAGGUCAUCCUCACUGGUGACGUGAUGGUUGACGGCCAUGCUCAGCAAACAUUUUCCGACCAAUGGUCCAAACCCGAUAGCUUCCUCGAGUGGCGCUUACCUUGUGAUCAGCUACGGACACACAUACACUGUCGAAUUGUGCAAGAGCUUGCAUACCCUGUCGCCUCUGCCCAGUCUUCACGGGAGGCUGUUCAAGUUUUCCGCGAUGUGAUCGAAUCGACACAGGUUGCGUAUCAGUCUGCAGAGAUGCUGCAUCGGGAUAUCAGUACAGGCAAUGUCAUGAUCAAUAAAAACGGCCGAGGGGUUCUCAAUGACUGGGACCAUGGUGUCAGACUGGUCCUCGAUCGCGUUCCUCAUUCAUUUCGCACGGGAACCUGGCAGUUUAUCUCUGUCGGUUUACUUCAGGAGCCCAGCAAGCCGCAUGAUGUUCAUGACGAUCUCGAAUCUUGCUUCUGGGUACUCCUCUACGUCUCUCUGCACUAUUUCAAAAACAAUGGGCGCGAGGUGGACUUCAAGCUCGAUUUUUUCAACGAAAUGGUCGAGAGGAAGAUAGGCGGGGAUCAAUAUCGCGCGUUCGGCGGAACUAUGAAAGUUGGUCUUCUGGUCGUGGAACAGCUCGAGCCGGUAAGAUGGGAAUGUCGUCCUCUCGAUGAUCUUAUCCAUGCUCUCUCGGACACAUGGAGAUCCGUUUAUAUUGUUCCUCGUGGUGAGAGGGAAGAAAUGUUCCGUGGCGCCCAGGACAAUAUUUCACUGAUUCUGAAGAUGUUCGAUACUGCACUGGCAUCUGAAGAAUGGCCCGAAAAGGAUGCGGUUCCGAACCAAUAUCCUCGCAAACGGCAGCGGAGUAUCGACCAGGGAGUUGCAAGAGCAAAAGCAGAACAUAUAGCGACCACCGUUCGCAAAUCCCAAGCCCUCGCGACUCGGACUGGCAUUCUGGCAGCGGGUGCGGCAGCUGCUCAUUCUGUCUGUCCUACUUCAGCUCCUCGUCCUUCAAGUGGCUUGCGCUCUGGAAUCCCAUCUCUACAUGCUUUAGGUAUGCACCCUAAGGCUGUGGCGUCAAAUAACGUGCCACGAUUCGGUCGCCCACAAAAUCUCUUGAGCGCAGGUAGCAAGAAAAGGACUGUAGACCAUGCCCAGGCGGAGGAGCCUAACGUGUCAAUUAGUAGUUCGAAGCGAAUGAAGACAGGGGACCCGCCAUUAGCAUUUGGUCCGCGCCCAACGUAUACACCCACCGCUCUCGCGCGAUCGCCCACUCUUUCUGCUAAUCCUGAUAGAUUGCCUAUUCCUGCCGGUCCAUCCUCCCCCCUUGCCAGAGCUCAUCUACCCCCCGCCAGACCAUUGCCCACUGACAGACUGCCUACUCUACCCGACGUCCGACACCGAUAUCUUACCCGCUCGAAAACAAGACCUAAUAAGACUCACCACGACGAGAACGCCCCCAAAGAGGCACCUCGGGAGGACGUUGAGAUACAAGAAGUUAAACAUCGUUACCCGACCCGUUCGAAAUCAAACGAGAAACACCCGCGCCCAGCGCCUCCCCCAAAGCCAACGAAAGCCCAGGCUCAGAUUCAUCAAAGUGGCAAGAAAAAUAACAAGUCGACUGGUGGCGGCGGUCACAAGGGAGCACCUCAGCAAGAUGAUGAAAUGAAACAGGUUGAGCAUAGAUAUCCGACGCGUUCGAAAUCGAAAUCGAAUGAGAAACACCCUCGUCCACAGCGUCCGCCGAAGCCAUUGAAUACUCAAGCUCAGGUGCAGCAGAAUCAUAAGUCAACCCCCAGUGAUAGUAAACGGACUCAGGCCAGAUCGAAGAAUCGUCGACAACGUCGAUGAUCGUUUAUAGCCAUACCUUUCUUCUCGCUUUCCGCCUUCGUGUAACUGAAUGCUAUUUGUCUAAUAUUCAAUAGUUGUUCUACUGUCAUCCACUUUGUAUUUUACCAUGACGGCCCCUUCUCAAUUGCUAUUUCUACGAAAAUCUGCUGAACGUGC